UAAGACAUGAGUACCCACCCCCUCUCUUACCUCAGAGCAUUUGAUCUGCAUCCUCACUGUAGCUUUUUGAUUUAUUUUACAUUUGAAAGGAGAGGCAACUAGCCCAACAUACCUCAGGCUUGUGAUUGUUGGGGCACAAUGGGCUGCCAGGAGCUCAGCAGGAAACACCAUUCUGGGGGAAGGUGUGUUUGACGUUGCUGGUAAUACAAGAAGAACAGUGCACUGUGUGACAAGACAUGGUGAAGUAGCAGGGAGGCAGCUUAUGGUGGUUGAUACACCAGGCUGGUACUACAAUAAUUCUCUACAGAACACCUCCAAGAUGGAUAGGUUUGAGAUAGUGCGCAGUGUGUCUCAAUGUCCUCCAGGACCUCAUGCGGUCCUUCUGGUGAUUCCCUUUGCAACAGCAUUCAACAAAUCAUAUAAGAGAGCUGUUGAGGACCACAUGGGUCUCCUCACAGAUGCAGUCUGGAAGCACACGAUUGUGCUCUUCACACGAGGAGACUGGCUGGGAGACACAACUGUUGAGCAGCGCAUUGCGAGUGAAGGGAAGGGUCUUCAGUGGCUCAUUGAGAAAUGUGGUAACAGAUACCAUGUUUUUGACAACAAGAAUCGAAGUGAUGGAACACAGGUAACCGAGCUGCUGGAGAAAGUAGAGGAGAUGGUGGUAGAAAACAGAGGUUGUCCUUAUGAAAUUGACAGAGAUGUUUCAGCAGACUUGGAACAGAAAAAGAGGGCUGGAGAAGAAAGAGCUCAAAAGAUCAUGAUGAAGGUGCAGAGACAAAUGACGACACUCAGAGAACUGUUUAGAGGGGAGGAACAAAUACUCUCUGAGGAUGAGUUGAGAAUUGUACUUGUUGGGAGAAGAGCGGCUGGGAAGAGUGUGGCAGGAAACACAAUACUGGUUGGAGAGUUGUUUCCGACAGCUUUGACCAAGGAAUUCAGAAUUCAAAACAGAACUACACUGUGUGUAAUACAACAAAAGAGAGUUGCUGGGAUGAAGCUCAAAGUUGUAGAUACACCAGGCUGGUGGAAGAGAACCCCACAGGAUGCACGAGAUUGGGUUCAAGAUGAAGUGGUGCGCAGUGUGUCUCUCUGUCAACCUGGCCCCCAUGCUUUUCUUCUGGUCAUUCCCAUUUCUGCACCAUUUUCAGAGGGAGACCUCAAAGCAGUAGAGGAGCACCUAGGGCUAUUAACUGAGAAAGUCUGGAGACACACAAUGGUGCUGUUCACCUGGGGAGAUUGGCUAGGAGACCGAGCCAUUGAGGAAUACAUUGAGAGAGAAGGAGAGGCCCUCGAACAACUCAUUGAAAAAUGUGGGAACAGGUAUCAUGUAAUUAACUGCCAUGACUGGGAUGAUGGCUCUCAGGUCACAACACUGUUGAGGAAGGUAAAGGAGAUGGUUGUACGUAACAAAGGGCAACAUUUCGCCAUUGAACAGAAGAGUAGGCAGAAGCCAAUGCUUCACUGGUUAGCAGGAAAGGGCAUGAUGACUGAAGAGGAAUGGAACAAGAGAGAAGAGGAACUCAUAGAGCGGAUGUUGAAGGCAGUGGUGGUAGAACCAGAGGAAUCUAAAUUGCCAUUUGUACGGAGGAAGAAAAGUAUUGAUGAUGGCGUCAUCCCCAGCAUGAGCUGUGAGACUCCCUCUGAAGUUGGGAGUUCCUACAUAAAUUAUGGAGCACAUGCCAAGGUGUCUGAAUGGAGAGUGAAGAAUGCUGGGAGAUCUGCGGAAUCCUCUGGGCACGGCACUAUGAGUUCAACAGUCAGUUACAUGGGCGAAUCUCUGGACCAAUGGGAGAAUCUUGUCAAGGAGAGUCUGGUGGACGGCAAGAUAAAGGGAAGGAUGUUGGAUAGUCCUGCUAAGUCAGAGGCCCACACAUAUGGGGUGAAAACCAAACGUAGGCACUCACAUUGAGCAUAGCUCAAAUUGACAAUACUAAGAGUAAGAAAGUACUACCUACUUUUGAGAAAAUACAUAACACAGCUCUUGCCUUGGCUUGACACAUCUGGGGCAUAAUAUCAGGAUCUCAUCUGAGGAUUGCCAUAAGCAAGUUCACUUUAGAAAAAUAAUUUCUAACAGGAUCUUUCAGCUUUGUCAUGGGAGUUUCUUGAUGUUCUUUUUAGUUAAAGACGGUGGCAGGUUACAUGUGUCUAAUGAUAUGUUGUAUAGAUACGCAUGUGAUGCUCAACUACUGUAUGACUCUUUCAACAUUCCACUGAAAAGAUUGAGAGCUGCAAAUAAUUGUGUUCCUAAUGUUUUGUACACUCAGUGCAUGUUGACAGAGAUGGGCAAUAUUUCUGUUACAUGUGGCCUUCUGAGUGGCGCAGCGGUCUAAGGCACUGCAUUGCAGUGCUAGAAGCGUCACUACAGACCCUG